GUCGCAACGCCGUUCCCCAUAUUCUUCAUGUUCCGUACAAUCUUUUAAGCUCACCACGCGCUCGCUCGUUUCUCUUUUCUUUCUCUUCAAGAGCUCGGGUACUUCAACAGAUCGACCGUGCGUUACAGUAAUACGGAGAUUUGGGAGAUUGGACAGGGACCUGGAGCAUCCAUUCAUUGUUUCCAGCAUUCGUUACCUACCUACCUAUCCGUCACACGCAUUCGCUGUCGCAAAUUUCCAAUUCAGUUUGGCAAGUGCGAGUCGAGCACAACAAGGAAGAGCUUCGGGCAAGAGACGGGAAGAACCUUCCCCUGGAACACCACCUCAUUUCAACGAAACCGUCAGAUUUGCCAACUGAAAAGCGUUUGCCGCUCUUCACUUGUCGUUUGGACCCACCAACCAACCCUCACUCACUCUUCCUCGCUGCGAACGAACGGAAAAGUGAAAGAGUUAUUUUCUACCUCUUCCUCUUCCCCAACCAUCGUUUAGUUUGUCAGUCGAUACUUAUCUUUUGGACGGGUACUUUUUCCGUGUCACAUCCAUUAUGAAGGCAUCAUUCCUAUCCGCCGUGGUCGGCGCCGGCCUCACGCAUGCCCUCCCCACCAUUGAAGCUGUGGGAAAUAAGUUCUUCACCAGCAACGGCGACCAGUUCUUUCUCAAGGGAGUUGCCUACCAACUGACGCCAGCUGACCCCUUGGUCGACACUGAGCAGUGCAAGCGCGAUGCUGCCCUUAUGGAGAAGCUCGGCGCAAACUCGAUCCGUGUCUACCAUGUUGAUCCCUCGGCAAACCACGACGGCUGCAUGGACGUGUUCGAAAAGGCCGGCAUCUACCCAUUGAUCGAUCUGGACACCUUUGACACCUACAUCUUGCCCAACGAUCCUUGGUGGAACCAGACCCAGCAUGAUAGGUACGCCGAGGUCAUGGAUGCCUUUAUCAAGUACGACAACGUUCUGGGCUUCUUCAUCGGCAACGAGAUCAUCAUCCAGGCCGACCAAUCUCUGGCGGCUCCCUACAUCAAGGCUGCUACUCGUGACAUGAAGGCCUACCGCGACAAGAAGAAGUAUCGCAAGGUCCCCAUCGGUUACUCGGCCGCCGACAUAGCCGAACUUCGUCCAAUGUUGCAGGACUAUCUAACCUGCGGCGGAAACUCCUCCGAGAACGUCGACUUCUUCGCCCUUAACUCGUACGAAUGGUGCGACCCCACCAAGUAUGCCGAGUCCGGCUAUGCCAACUUGCAGAGCAUGGCCAAGGACUUCCCCGUUCCCAUCUUCUUCUCGGAGACCGGCUGCAACGUGCCAGGCCCCCGCCUAUUUGGCGACCAGAAUGCCAUCUUCGGUCCCGAGAUGGUCAACGACUGGAGCGGUGCACUCAUCUACGAGUGGAUCGAGGAGGAGAACCACUACGGCUUGAUCUCGUACGGUCCUAAGCUGGAGCCGACCGCCACCGGCGCCAACAUCGAGGGCGGUUUCACCCGAGCUGGCACCCCUACCCCCGUCCUUCCCGAUUUCACCAACCUCCAGAACCAGUGGGCCACCAUCACCCCUACCGGUAUCAAGAGGUCCGACUACGAUCCCAAGCACGUCUCUACCAGAGCCUGCCCCACUUCCGGCGUGCAGGGCUGGCUGGUAAACGGCAACGUUGCUCUGCCCACUAUCGGCGAGACUUUGACCACCAAUGCGCCCAGGCCUGCCGCCACCCAGGAAGCUGAGGUUUCUCAGCCUGCUGGAAGCGCCUCGCCGACCUCGACCAAGAACCCUGCUCCCAUGAACAAGGAGUUGACGGGUAUGAGCGCUGGUUUGGUUGGAGUCAUGCUCUUUUUCACCUUCUGGCUAUGAGCAAAUGACUUGGCUGGGCUGGUGCUUGAAACGGAGCGAGAGCUGGGUUUGGCAUCAUCGUCUCAUUUAUUUGGUUUUCGUUUUUGUUAUGCAUUUGGAAUUGCAUUACCAGGAUAAGCCAGACAUCAUUUUCAUGCACUGCCUAGCUUGAAUGGGUUUAUUUCGACCUCUUCAUCGUUACGGCGUCAUCUGUCCUACUGAUCUGAGGCCCGCCCCGGUAGCAGUCUUUAUGCGCUGCGCUGGAGGGCAGUCUUGCCACUUUGCAACUCGCAGGUGCAUAGGGGCCUACGAUGACGGUUUGACCGGAUGAUGGAAAAAGGUUUCCUUGUGGCCAUGAUGCCGGAAACGAGGAAUUUUUUUUUUUUUUUUUUUUUCACUUUCACUUGUUGCCCUCUUUGUUCGGGCAGCUAUGUUUAAUGGCUCGAAGGUUUUUUUGGGGGGGAAUUUCUGUUUAUGAUACCAUGAAUCAAGGCAUACAAUCGUUUUAUGAUGAUAUGGAAGAGGGAAAAGGAUGGUUUGGGUUUCAAGAGAACCUAAUCACUAAUGAACGUCUCCUUUUCUCCUCUUCUCCCUCGAAGGAGAGGGAGGAUGGAAGGAAGAUAGGAGAAAAACAAAAGGCUGGCGGUUGAUUAACCAAUUCAUUUUUUUUCUGUACAUAAUAGGGGACUCCAGGGUCAAUGAUUUGUUUCUGUAUAUGAUACAAGCUGGGAGCUUUGUGGUUAUAGAAACUCGGAGUGAAUCAAAAACUGGAAAAGGGAAUAGGAUAGGGAAUGCAUCGCAAGGUAUUCAAUCCGAAGAACAUGGCUAUC